AUGCAGGGCACGAGAUGUACUCUUGUUUUGCUCUUAGCUCUACUAGUUAGCGCACAAGAUCGAGUAGCUCAGGCCCAAGAGGAUUCUCUGGCAGGCAGCUUUUUGUCAGGUCUGCUAGAUACGAUCACAAACCGGGUGGAUGCCAAAGACUGUCCGGGAACAUGCGUUCAUACCCUCGCCACUCUCAUCUGCUACGAAGUACUAGAUGAUGUGCCCUGUCCCUCGCCCAGCAUGAAGUGCUGCAUCGAGAAUGAAUCAGGUGAAAUAAAUUCAAUAAAACAGUAUUUUUAUUUUACUAACUACGUUUUUGCAGGCAAAAAUGUAACUACAGUGCGGUCCACAACACCAAAAACCCCAGCUACAACAAGCCCAACAACACUUCGCACAUCAACGACCAAGGCGACUACGCCUAGCACAACAACCACCACAACCACUUCGACCACACCCAAGCCCAAGCCCUUGCCGAAGCGUCCAGUGUCUACAACAGCUGCCGCAGCAACAUCCAAAAAGCCCGUGGCCACCAAGAAACCCUCGACUGUGAAGCCGAAGGAGAAGGAAGAGUCCCCAAAAGUCGAUGACGAAAAUAAGAAUUGCACCGGCGUCUGCGUAGCCGAUCGCAUUGCCGAGUACUGCGAAGCUUAUCUGACCAGCAAUGGCCUGUGCAAGGAGGGCACCAAGUGCUGUGUAUCGCUCGAUGAAUAUGCGAAUGGCAAACUGCCGAAGGAUAUCUACAUACCAGCUAAGCACAUGGGCAACCUUAAAACCAAUCAGACAGUUGGAAAGACACCCAUGGCAAGCAAGCCUGCCGCCUCAAAGGCUACAACUUCCACCAGUACGACGACGUCUACAACUAGAACAACAACAACUACGACAAGUACCACACCCGAACCAGCCCGGACCAAGAAUAAUGGGGGCCAUGGCAAGCCAAACAAACACAAGAAGCCAACAACUACAACAACCACUGAGUCUGAUGCAGCAGCGGCCGAUGAUGACGACGAGGAGGAAGACGAAGCAGAGGAAGCGGCGGAGUCUAGCAACAACAAGCUCAAGUCUGGCACCUCAAAUGGUCAGGUGCUCAAAGAAUGCGAGGGCGAAUGCAUGAAUGGAAUAUUUGCAAUAUUUUGCGACGACAUUGACUCAGAUGCCUUCUGCCCAGGCGAAGGCAGUUGCUGCGUCACGGGCACAGCAUCAGAGGCGGUCCCAACAAAGGCUACACCCACAAAACCAGCGGUUAAGAUUGCCUCAAAGCCGGCUGCAAAGCCAAAUAGACCCGUUCCUCCAUCUCCUCCGCCUCCUCCAUCAAGCAGCCAAGGCGGUGGGGAUCUACUCUCUCAGAUCAUAUCAUUUGCGGAGAGUACAUUGAAUUCUCCUGCACCGCCGGCGCCACCACCACAACCACAGGCGCCACAGCAAGUUCCUCGCUGUCCCGGUUUCUGUCUGCUAAAUAUAAUGGCAGCCUUCUGUGAACGGCCCUCCAUUCUGGUCUCUACACCCACAACAUGCGCCAAAGGCUCCGUUUGCUGUGACAACUCAAGAGCCGGUGCUCCGAGGCCCAAGCUUCCGCCACCAACACCUUCUCCGACAGUUGCUCCAACAGCACCGCCCUAUGUGCUUCCAAAUACUCCCAGUCCUGAUCCUCGGGAGGAAUGCCCCGGUUCCUGCAUUGUCAGUCUGCUGAGCUUCACUUGCUUCAAAAAUGCCGAGAUGACCGAUCUCUUCAGAUGCAAGCGUUCAGGACAAAUAUGCUGUGCACCCAAGAGUAAAAUACUUGAGAAACAACAGUUUCAGACCCGGAACGACACGGCCUAUUUCAAUUACCCGCCACCACCUCCCAUGGGGCCACCACAGCCCUAUCCUCAGCCGCCCCAACAGCAACCACCUCCGCCACCGUACUCGCCCUCCGCGUACAUGCCUAGCCAGCCACAGGCAGUCCCACCCCCACCACAUAUAUACCAGCAGGGACUGCCAGCUCCUCAGCCACCAGUGGUGCAACAGCAUCCCAGCUACGCUGACUACUACGGCCCUCAGCAGUCGGGAUUGCCCCCGCAACCACCUACAACUACACCAACCACGACAACAACGACAACCUUGCGUCCACGGCCUCACGUCUACUCUAAAUACGUAUGCGGAGUAAAGGGCACACUACGCACCGGCCGCUCUACCAACACUUCUCCGUCGCUCUCGCUAAUCUCAUAUGCACGCGCCAAGUAUGGACUGGAACGUUCGGCUCGCCAGUUGACCACGCCCUACUCCAGCAGCCUGAACAAGUCAACGGAACGUUUGGUCCUCGGCUCCGCUAUUGUUCCCAUACAGAUCCAUAACGACAAGCUUGGCGACCUGGUGGACACAGGCAGCGUGGAGAGCAAUCAAUUGCGUGCAUAUCACGAGCAGCCGCAGGCCCAAGCUGUUGUCUAUCCCGACACAGAAAUGCGCCAAUACUAUCAACGUUCGACGAAUUACACCUCCCGUAGAAGAGCACGAGUAGUUGGCGGUGAGGACGGAGAAAACGGCGAAUGGUGCUGGCAAGUAGCGCUAAUCAAUUCGCUGAAUCAAUACUUGUGUGGCGCAGCGCUUAUCGGCACCCAAUGGGUGCUCACUGCAGCACACUGUGUGACCAACAUUGUGCGCUCCGGUGAUGCAAUCUAUGUGCGGGUGGGCGACUACGAUCUGACACGGAAGUACGGAAGCCCGGGUGCACAGACACUGCGAGUGGCCACCACCUAUAUACACCACAACCACAAUAGUCAGACGCUGGACAAUGACAUUGCAUUGCUGAAGCUACAUGGCCAGGCGGAGCUACGGGACGGGGUUUGUCUCGUUUGCUUACCGGCACGUGGAGUUAAUCAUGCCGCAGGCAAGCGUUGCACAGUCACCGGCUAUGGCUAUAUGGGUGAAGCCGGACCCAUUCCUCUGCGAGUACGUGAGGCCGAAAUUCCCAUUGUCAGCGAUACCGAGUGCAUUCGCAAGGUGAACGCGGUCACCGAAAAGAUCUUUAUUCUACCCGCUUCCAGCUUCUGUGCCGGCGGCGAAGAGGGUCACGACGCUUGUCAGGGUGAUGGCGGCGGUCCGCUUGUCUGCCAGGAUGAUGGCUUCUUUGAGCUGGCUGGCCUUGUCUCGUGGGGCUUUGGCUGCGGACGAGUUGAUGUGCCCGGCGUCUAUGUAAAGGUCUCCUCUUUUAUUGGGUGGAUCAAUCAAAUCAUCAGCGUAAAUAAUUUAUAG